AUGGUGGCGGAAGGAAUUGUUCUCGGGCACAAGGUCUCUCACCGUGGUAUUGAGGUAGAUAGAGCGAAAAUCGAGGUCAUAGAGAAGCUACCUCCCCCGGUCAAUGUUAAGGGGAUUCGGUCCUUUCUUGGGAAUGCCGGAUUCUAUAGGCGGUUCAUUAAAGAUUUUUCAUUGAUUGCUCGGCCUCUCACCAACCUCCUCCAAAAGGAGUGCGACUUUCACUUUGAUGUCGCGUGUCUCAAGGCCUUCAACACAAUCAAGAGUGCCCUUAUUUCUACUCCUAUAGUUCAAGCUCCGGAUUGGUCUCUUCCUUUCGAGUUGAUGUGUGACGCAAGUGGUUUCUCGGUUGGGGGAGUCCUUGGUCAACGAAAGGACAAAAAUCUUCAUGUGAUCUGA